AGCGUCAUAAGGCCCGCGCAGUCCACCACCAAGCGCCUCGGUGCCUGCAAUUCCGUCUUAAAGCGUCCUCCACUGCUGAUCCUUCCGCGACGCUGUUUUACUCGUCCUCUGUCCAUAUUCCGCCCGAGAAGCUCUUGAUACGCCUUCCCAACCUUGCGGGAAGCCAGUGCAACACGCGAUCUCUUACACGCAUUAGACUGAGCUGAGCUACUGGGCUGACUUAGCUCGUCACUCCACCCACAAGACAAAAUGGAUGAGACUGGACUGCCACAGGGCUGGGAGGUGCGCCACAGCAACUCCAAGAACCUCCCUUACUACUUCAAUGCCGCCGACAAGGUAUCUCGCUGGGAGCCGCCCUCAGGCACCGACACCGAGAAGCUCAAGAAGUACAUGGCGACGCACCACAGCGCCACGGCCGGCGGCCAGUCCGUCGGCAAGCCAGAAGGCAAGAUCCGCGUCGCACACCUGCUCAUCAAGCAUCGCGAGAGCCGGCGCCCCGCCAGCUGGCGCGAGAGCGAGAUCACGCGCACCAAGGACGAGGCCCGGCAGAUCCUCCUGGGCCACGAGUCGAGAAUCAAGUCGGGCGAGGUCUCUCUGGGCGAGCUUGCCAUGAGCGAGAGUGACUGCACCUCGGCGCGCAAGCGCGGCGACCUGGGUUACUUUGGCAAAGGCGACAUGCAGCGCGAAUUCGAGGAAGCCUCCUUCGCGCUGCGGCCAGGCGAGAUGAGCUCCAUCGUGGAGACGGCGAGCGGUCUGCACCUCAUUGAGCGCUUGGAAUGAGCAGAGAAUGUAGGAUAUGGUUUAAAAAGCGGGGAUAACGAGGAGAGGACAAGAAAGCCAGUUGGCGCACAGGCUAUUGCUGUGCCGAAUGACUUGCGCUUCAUAAGAGCAGACAAGGUCUGCCCUGGUCGCAGAGGGGCGCAAACUAGGGGUCCGACAAUGUCUGGAUCUCAUGUCUUUGAAUUGGAUCAAAAGUAAUGCUUCAACUACAUCAUCCCAUGUUCUGAAAU